GUUCACUUUUUUCGAAGCGAUCAACUCGUGCAGUUGCGCCGUCGUAGCUACGAAGGGGCGUUAGCGACGGCACCAACUAGCGUGAAUAAACAUUGACCAAGCACCGCGCUCCAGCAACUUACCGCAACAUUCUUAGCGUAAAAGUUAACGUGGAUGGUUUACUCUAUGUAAUUUGCGAGGACUGGAUUGUUAAAAAUAAGUUACCCUAUCGAAGAUAUUACAGUGCGAACGACUAAUUCGAAAUACGAUUUAACUUCUUGUGAUGUGUGAUACUGAUGUUUCGACUAAAGUUUUCGCGGAUCUAAAUGGACAUUGGAAAUAUUCGUGCAAGUCAUAAACAUAAACGCUACGUCAAUGUGAAUUAAUUAUAUAAAAUGAAUAAAAAUUAUGGUAGAAGACUCGCCGAGUUUCAAGAUGAACAUUUCUGCGCAGGAAAUGUCACAGGAAAUUUCCGCCGCUCAUCUUCACUGCGGCUGCGCGGUGAAAAAAUGGUGCAGCGAUCGCCUUUAACAACUAGGAAAUAUAUUCCAAUAAUCACGGAAAAUACACACCAGAAACAACGAAGCGAUGGCUCUCGUCUUCCAGAGCCAAGCCAUCGCCCACGCAGUCAAUCAUUCAAUUCAAAUAUACAAAACAAACCAAAGAAAUCCUGUUUGAAAAUACAAGAGCCUUGUAUGGACAGAAAUCUGAGUAUGACAGAUUCAGCCCAUACUCCACCUGGUUCUCCGGAAGAUUUGCCUGAUGAUGAAUCCUUGCACAGCUAUGGUAGUGCAGCCACCGCUGCAUCAAUCGACGCUGGAUAUGCACCAUUCAAUGGUACCACUUUCAGUGGCAGGUCUAUGCGAUAUGUGCUGCAUUGUUCCUCACAUGCUGGUCUUGCUGGAGAGGAGUAUUUAACACCAACUCAGCGAGCUCAAAAGCAAAUUCGUCGUCUUAAAAACCUUCUGAGCCAAGCAAAGAAAGACUUAGAAAAGAAAGACAGUGAAAUAUUUCAGCUCACAAAAGAAGUUGUCGAACUACGUCUUUACAAAGCUUCUAUAUUCUCACCAGAUGAUAAGUCAAACUCUAGUGAGAUUGUUACAGUACGGGAAAACAAUGGUGAAGCAUCUAUUGAAGAUGACAGUAUUAAAUGUAAGGAAAGUCAUAGAUCAUUUGAUAUUAUUGACAGCCCUUUAUUUAAAGGGCAAACACCAACUCGGUGUCGCAAUGAAAUGCAAGGAUCAUUCACUGAUUCAGGACACUUUGAUGAUCUCACAAAUUCAUCCUUACACUCAAAGGAAUCAGUUCAUAUGUUAACCCAUGAUGCUUCAUGCAUGACAGAAACAUCUGACAGUGAUGAAGAACGGCGCAAUUUGAUAGCUUAUUAUGACAAGAAAAUAGAAGAUGUUGUGAGAUCACAAGUGGGUGACACACAAGAAAUGAAAAAAGCACACAAUGAUAAAGUUGAGGCUUUGCUUCAGAAACUAGCAGAUGUUAAUACACGGUAUUGUGAAUUGUUGCCCAACUAUGAACAGGCAAAGGAAAGAAUACAUGUUUUGGAGAAACAGUUAGAGGAAGCAAGCAAACAGCUACAAGAUGAAGAAGGCAGACAUCGUUCUAUGUAUUUGCAAAUGUAUGAUAAGGGUAGAGAAGCGGCCAAGUAUGAGUUGGAUAAGGACGCUGAACCAGAACCUAGUACUAGCCAAAUGAACAGAGUUUCAGUUGAAGAGCUGUUGGAACAGUUGCAAAUUACUCAGACUGAGCUUGAAAACGUCCGAGACACUGCAUUCACAGAGGACAGAACGACAAAGUCACAAGUACUUCUAAGUGCAAAGGAGGCUGUUUCUUUAUGGGUCCUAGGAGCUCGAAAGGCAAUGUAUCGUCGCAUUGUAGAGUCCCAGAAAGGCACCAAGAUGAACGUAGACCCGGAGGUGACAUUACAGUUUCUGAAAUCGGCCAUUUAUUAUUUCCUCACAGACCCAGAGAAUCACCAAGGACAUUUAAAUGCUAUAGAAAACAUACUAGGGUUCACCGAAGCUGAAAAGAAAAAUAUACGCAAAGCAAGAACGACGUAAACUGCUGCAAAUGUGUGAUAGUUUUUAAAUAGUUAAUUGUUUGCCACAUAGUUAGGUAUAAUUGUUGCAUGUCCUCCGAGACUAGUUAGAUGAUACAUAAAUUACAAUUGGCUGCACAUUAUUUUACGUUACUAAUAAGGUAAUUCAUAUACAUAUUAUAUUUCCUUAUACCUUCACUGUGGUAAUCGUUUACAAUUUAUUUUUUACUAGGAAUUAGGAUAUAGCUAAGGAUUUUAAAUCGAAUUUAUUUUUUCGCAGCUAAAUUGUGAUUUUUUUUAAAUAGUUUUUAAGCGCCAAAGAAAGCAUUCCUUUAUUUUGAUUGUGCAAUUUUGACCUUUAUUUAUAAGUGUACAGAGUGAAGCUUAAUAGAGAAUGACAAUUAUUGUAAGUGUUAUAAUUUCUAUUUUUUUUUAUCUUAUAUGUUGUUUCAGUUUUCUCGCAUGUUAUAUACUUUUAUUUUGUUUUUAUAUAUAAUUUUAUUUACACAAUGUAACUUAUAUAUAUGUAUAGAACUUGGAAGGUUAAUUUUAUGUUUCACAAACAGUAGAGAAUUCUUAAAAAUCACCUGUCCAUAUGUUGCGUUACAAUAAAGUUAAUCUUCUACAGCUAGUUAACUGAAAAUUUCAAUCAGUUUUAUCGACGUUAUCUUGCCUCCUUAAAAGCUACGUCUGUGAUUAGUAUAUUUAUAAAUAUAUUGUUGCAUAAUA